CCAACGAGGCUUCCGUUACGUCUCCUUAUUUCUCCCACCAAACCCACGCAUUCAGGGAGAGCGGGGGAGAGAGAGAGAGAGAGAGAGAGAGAUUGAGUUAGAGUUUGCAAGAAACUCUAUCAAUUUCUCUCCUUUCUGAAAACCUCUCGAGCAAAAGGCGAUCUGGAAAUGUCGUCAGGGCAAGCCCCUGAUAUCUCCCCACACGAAAACGACGAUAUUAAUGGGCUCUUCUUCGCCGACAGAGGUUGCUGCUUAUGGAUGCCGUGUAUGGGUUCCAGGAGAUCCUCCACCGUCGGAUCAGUCUGGUGGGAGCCAAUGAGAACGGCGGAGAACGAGGACAGGUGGUGGACCCGGGGGUGGAAGAAGUUCCGAGAGUGGUCAGAGCUCGUGGCCGGUCCCAAAUGGAAGACCUUUAUCCGCCGCUUCAACAAGAACCGGACCGGACAGGGGAAAUUCCACUAUGACCCUCUGAGUUACGCGCUGAAUUUCGACGAGGGGCCGGGGCAUAAUGGUCACCUGGAUGAGGAUUAUUUUGGCCGUGAUUUCUCCUGCCGGUACGCUUCUAUUCCGGCUUCGGCGAAGUCGUCCAUGGAUUUGGGGAAAGACGCGCCAUUGUUCACGUGAGGCGCAUGGAGAUGACAGGCAAGUUUUUCGUAUCUUUUUUUCUGUUGAGGUGCGCCAGUGGCAGACUGCAGCGCCGAUUUAGGGGGGAAAAUGAAUUGAUGAGAGAGGACGAGAAAAUCGCGAUGGUUGCGUUGACUUUUUCUUUCUCAACAUGGGAAACAGGUGGUCGGUGACAUUUUUUUUAUUACGAUAGAUUCGAUAACAUGUUCGUCCCUUUCGUAAGAAAUGGAAAAAGAAAAGGGGGUUGUGAUUAUAUACGGUGAUGUGGAGAUUGUUAACGUGGGGGUGCAAAAAGGAAUUUACGUUAUUGGAUUUUGAACAAUGAACUGUUCUCAGAGAUUUUUUUUAUUUCGAAUGUUAUGUGUUUGCUUUUAUGUGUCAACGCUCAGAUAGUAUGAAAAUUUCAUGUUUUUUCAAGGACGUAGUGAUGGUGCCAUGUCAUGCUGGAAUAGGUGCUUCACUUUCACUACAGGAGGUGAUGUCCAGCCACUAAUUGUGGCAGAUGAGAUGUCAUAAGGAGAUGAUUAUGGGCACUAAUGACAUUUGAGACAAGGAAAAAUCACAUUAAUUGGCAUCAGAAGUGGAAGAGGCAUAUUCUAAUGCAUUUUCUUUGCAUUCUUUAUGAUUCAUUUCAUAGGUAGAAAGGGAAUCUUAACUUGUAUAGGCUUUAAGAUCUCUUAUUAAUUUGACUUAACCACUUUCAACAAUUAAGAAAGAUAUUGACAAACUUCACUGUGAAAUACUG